GUGUGGUGCUUUCAGACAUGGCCGAAGAAACCGGGGAGCUAGCAACGGAUGGAGAGCAAGCAGAAGCGUAUUUUCAUAAGAAAAGGGCUAAAUGUACGCCGGAAGAGGAGGCGAAGCUCGAAAGGCAACACUUUUGGAAAGUGAUCGAUGCGUUUAGAUAUUAUAGAAUCCAUGUACAAGAGCGUGUGAAGCGCGCAGAGAGUCAGUACCGAAGUCUUCCACAGCACCAUCAGAUGCUUCUCCCGGCGGUCCCGUCCAACCUCGCCCGCAUCCAGUACUGUGUGGACCACAACCAGGAUGUACUGCAAGCCAUCGUACUCAACUGUGUCCACAUGUUCGAGAAUAUGGAAUACGGCGAAGAGGACGACCUGAGGAAGGUGCGGCCAUCCACGACGUUCGACAUGGACAAGCUCAAGUCAACCAUCAAGCAGUUUGUGCGAGACUGGAGUGAGGCGGGUCAGGCAGAGAGAGACUCCUGCUACCUGCCCCUCAUCCAGGAAGUCCAGAGACUCUUCCCCAGUGACCAAUAUGACUUGUCGAAGGUGAGCGUGCUUGUGCCAGGGGCGGGGCUUGGGCGGUUGGCGUGGGAAAUUGCUCGCCUUGGCUACGUCUGCCAAGGCAAUGAGUGGAGCUUCUUCAUGCUCUUCUCUUCCAACUUUGUCCUCAACAGAUGUGACAAGGUCAACUCCUUCACCUUGUAUCCAUGGAUACACCAGUUCAGCAACAUCAAGAGGUCAGCUGACCAGACCCGGCCAAUCACCUUCCCCGAUGUCAACCCCCAGAGCCUGCCUCCAACCUCUGACUUCUCCAUGGUUGCCGGAGACUUCCAGGAAGUGUACACCGAGCCAGAGUCCUGGGACUGCGUGGCCACAUGCUUCUUCAUCGACACGGCUCACAACGUCGUUGACUACAUCGAGACCAUCUGGAACAUUCUCAAACCCGGCGGCGUCUGGAUCAAUCUGGGGCCUCUGCUCUACCACUUUGAGAACAUGGCCAACGAGCUGUCCAUCGAGCUGAGCUACGAGGACGUGAGGGCGGCCAUCAUUAAAUACGGCUUCGACAUGGAGGUGGAGAGGGAGUCAGUCCACACCACCUACACGGAGAACGCCUGCUCCAUGCUCAAGUACCUGUACGACUGUGUCUUCUUCGUGGCUCGGAAACCCGCCCACCUGUACGCCGAUGCCAACGGUCUCCAGGAAGUGCCGCAGGGCCACCCGGCGGCAUCGCCGCGGCUGCAAGAGUCUGGCGACAGUCUGACGUGACGUCCGGCGCGGGCCGUGCGACGUCACCCAGAACGGAGAGCGAGGCACGCGAUGAUAAAAACGAACCGGACACGAAGGAGAACUAAGGAAACACCACGACAUGGAGUGGAUUGAUGUUGGUGAUUUUUUUCCCCGUUAUUUUUUGUAUCACGUCAUCGCUGAAGCUGCCAGUUUCCCCCUCCACUCACUGUCUGAGAAGUGUGUGUGCUUGGUUAAGGACAGAAGAUGCACCCUUAAGCACAGAAGUACACACUUGGUCACAAGUUUCACAUUGUGACAUUGCAAUGCCAUGUGUGGGUUUGGACAGAAUGAUGAGUCAUGAUGUAGUGAGAGUUUUGUGGAAUUUUAUUGUACUACGUUAGUGGUGGUAUAGACAUGCAAUAUUACUGACAGGUGACAGACUAUUGACCAGAUCUAUAUGCAUUUUUUUCAGCCUGCCAGUAAUAUGUGCCAUAGUUGUGGAGUGAUUACUGUGGAGUUCCAUGGCCUGAAUUGUCUGCAUCACACACCCAAUGUAUUUAUUGCAAAACAUAGUAUCACCAAGUUAUGCUAUGACUGAGAAUCCUGAGCCUAGCAAAUGCGUCUUAGCAUCUAGUUGUCUGUCUGCUGGCGAUAAGGGGUUUGAAAAUAAAAGUUGUUUUAAACUUUAAGGCGGGACUCUGAAUGAGUUCCAGCAUUACUUAUUGGAUUUUGCGUCAUAAUAAAGACAUACACUUUUAAAAAUA